GGUAACAAUAAACAUCAAACAAACUAAAACUUAUAGAAGUUUUAAAUUGUUAACACAAAUGUAAUGUUGUUUUAGUAAAAAUUUCAAUAUUAACACAUUGAAAUGCCUACUUGGAACCAAAUACAGUCACAACUUAGGAAUCCUAACAAUCCAGUAGUGUUUUUCGACAUUACUGUAGGAACAACGGAAAUAGGUCGUAUGAUAUUCGAGUUAUUCGCCGACGUAGUACCAAAAACUAGUGAGAACUUCAGAGAAUUUUGUACCGGUGAAUACAGGCGGGAUGGUGUGCCCUUAGGUUACAAAGGAGCUACUUUUCACAGAGUAAUAAAAGAUUUUAUGAUUCAGGGUGGCGAUUUCGUAAAUGGAGACGGUACAGGCGUUAUGAGCAUAUAUGGUGGAAGCACUUUUGCAGAUGAAAACUUUGGUUUGAAACAUGACUCUCCAGGGUUAUUGUCCAUGGCAAAUAGUGGUAAAGACACGAAUGGCUGUCAGUUCUUUAUCACAUGUGCAAAAUGUAAUUUCUUAGACAAUAAGCAUGUAGUAUUUGGUAGAGUUAUAGAUGGAUUACUUGUCAUGAGGAAAAUAGAAAAUGUACCAACAGGACCAAAUAAUAAACCUAAAAUACCAGUAACAAUAUCUCAAUGUGGACAAAUGUAAAUAAAACUUCACUUUAAAUUUUA